AUGAUUCUUGACACGGCAGGCAACGAGCAAGGUCCAAGUGUUAUUCGCUGGGUGCCAUUUCAUCUGAGCUCCGUCUUGUCUCAUCUGGCAACGGAACGUAAGUUUUCUUACAGGCACAUUGCGAGUCAUGCGCAAAAGCUUUGCGACACUAUUCGCGAUUCCAAAACAUAUUCUGGAAAUGGUUGGGAGGGCAUCUUUGUUCUCUUCCUUUUGGCCAGGGGCUUGACUGGCACAUCGGAUGAGUACUUUGUACCGUCGAAAUGGUUCUUGGAAAAUCCGAAAGUGCUCUACAAUGCACCGUACGAGUCACGACGUUUGUUUGGUCACUGCGAGAACUGGCAAGAGUUAUUAAAGGGUGUUACACUGGGAGCCGAGCCGCAACUUUCUAUUCUCUUUCCAACCAAUUCCCGAUUCGCAACCUAUGGCGUCUUGGCGGUGUACUCGAAGGAUUGCGAGAACAAGUCUAUUUAUGGUUACCAACUCAAGGAGGGAUCUGCCUCGACCGCAAAAAUUGGUGCCAAUGGUGAAAUUGAAAGAAGCUUCUGGGUUCAAGGCAAAAGCCCAGACAAUGCGGAGUCAAAGAAGCAUUGGAGACAAAGCAUCGAUCGACAAAUUUUAUGGAGAAUCGGGAAAGCACUGGACGCCUGA